AGGCCAGUGUCGGUCGGACGCAUGUGUUCCUUGUUUGUGUGGCUCGCUCGCGCGUAGGAUAUUUUUUCAGUGUGCUUUCGUCGUGCUUUUUGGCUGCGUCUGCCUUUAGAGCGUUUGGUGCUGCAUUGCAUGAGUGUGCGUGUGUGUUCCUAUUUCCUCCGUGUCUGUGUUGCGGCAGAAACAGCACCACCGAAGCGAAGCGCCCGGAUACUCCGAACCGCUCGUGCCCGUGCUCACCGCAAGACCUCGCGUUCUGCCGUUUUCUACCGUCGCAUCUACGACUUCUGUCGUAUUAGGUGCCCAACUUUUAUGGAAUAGCUCAUAUCAACGCCUGGAUGCACAAUUAAGAUGUUCCUGAGGCUACUAUGUUGCUGACGUCAUCCGAAGGCUUGUGACGAUGGCGUCUGUAAGAUUGCUCAAUUCGUCGGACCUCUACAGCUCACCGCACCACCUCAACGGAAGUUACCACGGCAACGCCUCCAACGAACGCUCGAGGACGCCCAAGAAUGGCCUGGAGGUGAUCGAGACGAGCCACGCGGUUCGGCUGCAGCAGGAGAAGCCGCACCUGGUGAGCCUCGGCGGAGGGAGGCUCAGCACGUCCGUCACCAUACACCCGCUUCCAGAAGGAAAGACAAGAAUAGGAAGGAAUGAUGCUCCUGUGCUACAGGACAUUGUGGUUCACGGGCCAGCUGUCGAGGCUGAACAUUGUUACAUCCAGAAUGAGUCUGGAAAAGUUACCCUGCAUCCCCUUGGAAAAAUGAUAUCCAUAGAUGGAAUGACGAUUACCGAACCAUCCAGGCUACAUCAGGGCUGCAUGAUUUGCAUCGGAAGGUCAAACUUUUUUCGCUUCAACCAUCCUGAGGAAGCCGAGAGUCUCAAGAAAGACCCUCUCCCAAAUGCGAGGCUACCACCCAUGUCUAAUAGCUUUCGUCCAGUAACGGAACCUCCUGGCCGUUUUGUGGGCAAUCCUGGUGCACCUUCUCCAGCUUCCUUUGACAUGGACAACAGUGUCGAUUUUGUCGAGAAGGUCUCAAAAUUCGAGUUCCUUGCCCACAACCGGUCCCCACCGGUCGCCUCAUCUGAGAGUCCUCGCUGGUUUGUUCGGGAUGGGAUCAGGGUGUCGGCAUCGCCUCCUUCACGAGCUUGCGAGCAGUCACCUUCCCUGCGGGGCCCUCCGAGCAAGCCAGCUCCUCGCUUCACCCCAACGCCUCCCCUGUCAUCAUCGCCCAAGUCACCAAAGUCUCCACGGGUGAGCGCAUUGUCUGGCCGGGCGAGCCCCCUGGUGGCCGGUGGCCGCUGCACCCCCACGUCGCCACGUUUGGGCCACCGAGUGGCCAGCCAUGAGGACAUACGUGCCUGCGAGGUGGAGUUGGCUCAACAGCAUCGCAGGGCAGUAGCUGAGCGCUUGCGAGACCAGGAGCAGGAGCGUCAGGAGCGCCAGCGCCUUGAGGAGAUCCUCUCACUCUGUGCCGAGUAUGAGCGCAAAGUGCAGGCCACAGGACCCAAGGACAAGAAGCUGCAGAGAAGCCCCCCCUCCUCAGACUCCGGUACCGAGGAUGUCACCUCGCCACCGGGCUCUGGAAGUGAGUCUUCUUCAGCUCCCGAUGACACCAGCAAGACAUCCGAGUCCUCCAGUGGGAGUGGCGUCUUGGCCGAAGACGACAAGCCGGGGCUACAGCGCAACGACACAGUCAUUCGUCGGCCUGGUGGUAAGCAGCUGCCAGAGCGCCCUAACGUCGUCAAGCCUGUCCCGGUUCUGGCUGCGAGGCCAGUUCCCGCCCCUCGGUCUCAGAGCAGCCUGUCCGAAGCAGUGCCGAAGUCACCGGAGAGCAAAGCACUGCCACCUCCACCGCCUCCUCCUGCAGAAGAAGUGGUGACAGUGGGAGCAGUGGCCAUUUCUGGGACAGGUGCGUCCCCUCCGGGGCCAGUGCUGGUCCACCACCAAAACCGCAUCAAGACCAAUGGCUCUCUGGCUCCCACUGAAGUGGAUGGGAAGAGAGUCAACCGCAUGCUGGCGGACGGGAAUGUCUUGUCGGACGGGAUGCUUGCUGUGGCCCCCAAGAAAGUGAAUGUCACCUCGUCAGAGGAUGAACUGUCAAACAUCCUUGGUGGAGGAGGACCGAGGGGUCUGUCCAACCAUGCAGGCUCCAGCUUGUCAAGCCCGCGAUCUGAUGGUACCACCUUGGCUGGUGAGAAGACGCCAGUGCCUGCAUUGGCCUAUCCACAGUCUCCGCGCACUCGCAUUCGCACUGUGGCAACGCUAGAGCGCUCGCCUGAAGUCUUUGAGAACCCUCUUGCCUGGAAAGAGCUGGCUUCAGCUCAUGGUGGGAAGGCCCUGACACCUCCUGCCACCAUUGUGCCACCCAUCUUUGAAGACAUACCAGUUCUCAAAGAUUUGCCACAGCAACACUCACUCCCAAGGAAGCUGCCUGAGCGUGGAGGUUCCCUCAACAUCCGCAAGGCUUCGGAGGAGUCCAGAGUUCCUCUGCGAAGGGUAAGGUCAAGCUCAGAUGACAUCAGUCUGUUAAAGAGGCAGCGUGAGGAUUCGUUUCAGCAAAUAGCAAAGCUCAAGAAGGACAUGUUCACUCUAGAAGCACGGGCUAACGAAGGGAUGAGAGAGCUGGAGCUGGAACAUGCAUUGCUAACGGGUGAGCUGACCGAUGCUCAAGCUUGUCAGAAGUCAGAUUUCGCUAUCCUAGAAGAGAUCCAAGAGGAAGAAAGACGACUCAGCCAGCAGGCCGAAUUAGAUCGUGAACAGGAGCACCUGCAGCUGGAGGUGUCGCGCGGCCGCAUCGAGCAGUGGGAGCAGCUGACGCAGGAGCUGCGCGAGGUGCUCGAAGAAGCCGGGUCCCUGUCCCGCCGGCCCGAGCUGGAGGAGCGCUACCGGCGCGAGCUCGAGGGGCUUGACGGCGAAAGGAGGGCCUUUGAGGACCUCGAGUUCCGCCAGCUUGAGCGCCAGGCGCGCCGCGAGGAGGAGCGCGAGGCACUCGUGGCACGUGCCGACCGUGUACGUCAAAACCUGCGUGACCGGCAGUUGAGAAUUCGCGAGCUCUUGGAGCAGCAGAAGACGGUGCAAAUGCAAAUCGAACAGGAGCAGUCCAGCUCCGAGAUUGAGAAAAAGCUUGUACAAACUCAGUUGCAGCAGGAACAACGGAGGCUGGAACUCUUGGACCAGCAGCUGAGGAAUGCUACUCGCACCCCACAGCACAUCUCUUUGGACUCCAGUGAUGACAGUAGCUCUUCCGAUACAGAAAUGGGCUCUACACUGAAAAUAGGGAGCCAGAGCCCUUGGAACCAGAACAUCCUGCUCCAAGUCCCAGAUGCCACAGUGAACAGGCUCAGUGGCAAUGAGUCAAGCUUCACUGGCAUCGAGUCAGAGUCUUCAAGCAUCAUCAGCAGCAGUGAUCUUCCCAACGAAAGCGUGAGCAGCAGCAGCGACGACCGGAGCCGACCUACCAGCGAACACGUGACCCAGGGCAUCGCACAGGUGCAUCAACAUGAGCGCAACUUGCAACUGAAUUCCGAGGACCGUUCAGGGUUGGUGUCCCGUUCAGGUGAUGACGCCAUACAUCACGAGAUACGCCGGCGAGAAAAACAGAAGGCUCAGAGGCCACUGACACGGUACCUGCCUGUGCGUGGUGCCGAGUGCGACCUGCGGCAGCAUGUGGAGUCUGCGGGUCACCAGGUGGAGCUGUGCCCACAUGUGCAGCUCACGUCAACCUCCUGCCGUGGCUAUCUGCACAAGCUGGGAGGCAAGUGGCGCUCCUGGAAGAAGCGCUGGUUUGUCUUUGACCGCAAUCGCCGGGCCCUCAUGUACUUCAGCGACAAGAGUGAAAGCAAGCUGAAGGGUGGUGUGCCAUUCCAGGCCAUAGAAGAGGUCUAUGUGGACCACUUGCACUCUGUCAAGAGUCCCAACCCACGUGUGACGUUCUGUGUCAAGACAUAUGAGCGCACCUUCCACCUAAUGGCACCCACUGCUGAGGCCAUGCGUAUAUGGGUUGAUGUCAUCUUCACUGGUGCUGAAGGCUACCUUGAAUUCCUCAGUGAGCCCGACAUCGCACCUGCUAGCCGUUCCAGGCACAAGUUCAAGGACUGAACAACCUCCUCCACUUUAAAAGCCUUGGCAGUGCCAAGGCUGGAGUUCAAGGGCGUCACAGUGUGACGUGCAGAGGAGAUGCCUUGCCCGGUUAUCAUCUAUGACAACUGAAGCCAACGAAGUCCCAGGCUCCUUCUUCCGUUGAGGGAAAAUGUGACAGCUAUCCCUUUUGUACUCUGCAUGAUACACUUGUUCAGCCUCAAGGGAAGCCUGCACCAACUACCUAUAUUCGAACUUUGGCAAGGAACAAACCAGCCGACAGAGUGCUGCAUGGUGGCAGCCGUGAGCAAAGGAAGAAAAAUUGAGUGUUCAAUCUGCUGCAACAGUUGGGCAAACUAGUCUCACAUCAUCAAAAGAAAAACCUGAGCUUUGAACUCGGUUCGUCGGCAGGAGCAUCUGUUGGUUGCUUGAGUGUAAGUUUCUCUGUUGUAUACAUUGGCAGCAAUGUCCGUUGAUAUCAUGGAUGUGAAUUUUCUGUCAUGGCACUUGGUGUAAUCUUUGGAAGUUGUCAUGUGCAUAUUUCAGUGUAAAUCAUUUUGUUCUAUGUGUGUGUGUGUGUGUGUGUGUGUGUGUUUGUUCCUUUUGAUUUAAGUUGCUCUCUUUAUGACUUCAGGCAGCCCAUGCUAAGUAUCACUGAAUCACUGUAAAGAACUUCCACAAAAGUUAAAGCUAAGCCACAUUUUCAAACUGCGCUCAUAGUGCGCAUUUUAUUUUUUUCUUGCAAUUUCAAGCAGCUUUCCUUUCAUUUGCUGCCCAUGCAAAUGUCGCAUUCUGUGAAAUAGCUGUACAAGAUUCGUAAUUUUUUCUGCUGCACUGUACAGCUUAGUUCUCUUCCACUGUUCGUGCAGUUCUCUUGCACAAGUGCUCAUGGCUUGUUGAAUGGUGUAUGGAACUACUGUAUCAUGGGUAUCAGGCCCAUUAUAUUAAAUUGCUGCUUGUGCAUAUAAAUGUAUCAAUUGGCAUUUUCUUAUUAAAAUUUGGCUUUUGUUUAAUUAUAUGAUGGUCUCCCAAGAAGAUGAACCUCUAGGCAUACUGAACAAACCAUUUGGUUGGCUGUCGAUACGCUCAGUUUGAAACAAAAUUGAUGAACAUAAACAGCUUUCAUGCUGAUUGUCAAAACCAUUAAGGCUCCAGUGCGACAUACCAAAAUGGCUGUGGUUGCAAGAGCACCUUGUACUGGCGGAGCAUUGUUGGAAACACAGUGAUAAGGUCAUCAUGCAUUCGGCAAAAGAGUCACAGCUAAGCAGAGAUAAGCACUAGCGUUUCGAAGUGAAAACAUAUGAGCUAGGGUCGCUGAGUGUAUACUGGUUUCAGAAACAGCCAGACUUGCAGUUCCUCUGGCUUGUGUUUCAUUUGUAUUUAAGCGUGCAUGUUGGGGACACUAAUCCAAUUCUUGAAACACUCAAAAAGCUGUCAGUAAUGAUAAAAUUAAAGAGGCUGUCUCAAAAACUGUAGGAAUGAUGUGUCGUGCAUCUGACACAGUUCGAAGACUGUUGAGGAAGUUGUCAGAUUUUAUGUCAAUUCACUGAUUCACUCACUUAAUGCAGUUGAAGAUCUCAGAAUGACCCAAACCAAACAGAAUCUUGCAAAACAAAUAACGCCACCACAGAGAAAAAAACGUUUGGCGAUUCAGUGUAGUAAAACUGUGUUGCUACUGACCAGCUGCUAGUAUUAUGCCUGCUAGAAAUUGUACCACACAUGGCUAUAGGUGGCAGGAACAGCAGUGAUAAUAUGGCUAUGCUACACUGAAGCACUGGUUAUGCUGUAAUUGCUUCCUUCAAAAGCAAAUUCAUUCCUUUAUUUCUAGUAUUAACCAUGUGGGCAGUACCAGAAGGUGUUGUGCAUUAUCUUAGGCCAAGCACUGGAUAAGCUUGACUAAGUUUCAUGGUUCCUUUGCAUUCAGCUUAAUGGGAGACUACUGUGUAGUUUAUCACAAUGUCAGAGUUUUGAUUUAGCAAAAAGAAUGUUUUCAUUUUGGUGCUUAAGCAGCUGAAUACAACAUUCGGCCAACAAGUCACCGUAACUGUUAUACAAUGUAGAGUUUCAGUUUUUACAUUCUUACUGAUGUACUUUUAUUUUGCUACAUCUGUCUUCUAGAAAUGAAAGCCUUUCUGCUUUGUGGCGUUUCCUCUCCUUUUCAACUUAUUCAUGCAAGAUGUACCUUUGUACAUAUGGUCACGUGCCACUUGUCAGUGUAGUAUUAACACCACAUUUUGCUAUCAUUUUCAUUAUAAGAUUCUAAUCGUCUAAAGUCUACAGUGCCGUUGCCUGUGUAUGUUAGCCUUUUCUAAAGUGCAUGGAUUUUACUGUGGGCAUUUAUUGCUGCUAUUUUGUAUUGCUUACUGUUGGAUAAGUAACCAGUUUUGCAUUGGAAGUGACUCCAAAGUAAACUGAAAAGCAUAAACUUUUAUUUAUGUUCACUUGUAUGUGCUGUAGACUGUGGAGAGUUGCUUGCGUCUAAGUCAGAAGUAUAACCUUACUGAGGCUUUGCAGUAACGUUUUGUCAUGUGGAAUAUCUGUAAUGAGCAGUCAUGCUAAGAAUCAUGACAUCAAUUCCUCCAAAGAGCUCUGCAUUGCAUUUCAUUAACGAAGUCAGCAAGCUUUGAAUGUCAAUUUGCUUGUGUCUAUACUGCUAACGCAAGGUAUGGUUAUUGUAGCACUAUCAGACCAUGCAGUUAACUUUUCUAUCAUAGUAUUUCACUAUUGCUUUGUAUUCUUGGGCAUUACAUCAUAGCCACAAAAUCAAGGCAGCUAUGACACAUGCACUUUUACGUAACAGGUCUCAAAGCAAAGUUGCAAAUUACGCAGUUUUUGCCACACUUGCAGUUACACUAAGGCUGAAUCUAUGACAAGUAAGCGGAAUGCUUUUGCCAUUACAAUUUGAUGCGUUGUAGAAUAUUUCGUGCUGUGUACUCUAUAGCAUUACAAUGUUGCUGCAAGCGGCCCUUAUUUACUGCCUCAAUCUAUUGUUUCUACACCUUGUCUUUCAAGCUCUUCAGUCCACCUUUAUUGAACCUGGUUUAUUUGGCUGCACAGCCCAGCAGCAUCACCAGAAACUUUGAAGGUAGCUGCAAGACUCAUUAAGAGCAGUGUACUGACAGGUCACCAAUGCUCACAUAUCAAGGAGGAGCAUUCGCUUUAGUCACACACGGCUGCUAACUGCUGUGCUACUAGUACGAGCGCAGUCCUCUGCAGGCAGACGGUAGCCUGCAGGACGACAGUGCAGCAAGUUACUAGCCGAGUGCAUGCAGUAUACUGCAAUAUUAUGCUAGUAACCACAAUGUUUCGAAGCUGAUUAUUGGUAUCGUAACUGGUAGCUACGAGAUUGAAUUUGGUUCAAAAUUAUGAUGCUAGCAUUGCAUAUUAUUAUAGACCAUAUAUUAUAAAUGCCGAUUGAUUGCAAGGUUAUUUUCUUUAGUUAAAGCUGCCUAUUGGCAGCCCUUGCAAAUUUAUUGUGUUGGACACUUAUGGCAGCUUUUGUGUCUGCAUGAACCACGGAGUGCUCACACAAGCAUUGCAUUACACUAGAGUCCACAACUUCAGACAUAUGUGUACUGCUGCUAGAGCACAGCAAGUACUUUGCCUGUUUCAAGUGUUUGUUCAGUACCUUAUACUGAGGCACAAAGAACCCUGCAAGAAUCCUUUCUGGUGCUCUAUUCCUGCUCUUUAUAUUGCUUCAUGAAUUGCGGUCAGCUAAGCAAGGCCUGUCAGCACACAUCUUCACUUGGCAAACAUGCCAUGCGAGUGCAAAACAGCAGGUGCUCAAAAUUUUUUUAUUAGUUAUUUGAACAUGACUGUCGGAAUUCCAUGAACAGAUUGCGCAGGGGUGUAAAUGUUUUUUGUAAGUUGCGUGAGCAAGUUAGCAUUGUGCGAGAGCGCCCUUGAUACCUACUGCAUACAUCUAAGUCAGAAAAGUGUACAGUACAUCUACUUGCUUUGUCUAUUAGUGGUAUAUGUUUAACAUUAGUGAGUGCUUUUUGUUUUUGUUCCUUUAAUCAUAAAUGGCAGCUUGAUAAUUAGCUCUGUAGAUAGCUUCACAGUUCAGAAACUCAAAAACAGCACUUCAGAUUCACUGACAAACAUCACCAAAUAGUCUUGGUUUGCUACAUUCGUAAUUGUGAAUCACCGUUUUUGUCGGCAUUCUUGGGUCCAGACAUUUAACAUUGUUUUUGUGUAUUUUGUGUAAUAUUUCUAUGUGUUUUUGCCCAUUAAUCAACCUUCAUGAUCCCUUUCAUGCAGCAGUUAGUGUCGCAUAAGUUUGCACUUCUAAAUCUGGGUGGCACAACUGUCCCCAUAGACAAAGGAGAAUACCUUUGAAGUUCUGUUACAAUUAAAAAAAAAAAAAAAAACAGUGCAUUAAAAACAUUCAUUUGUGCCAGUCUCAUGCCUUGUCAGCAUGAAACUACACAGCUUCCAUUACUCUUUAAUGCUGUGCAGUGCUGCAUGAAGUGAAUUUGUACAUCUUUGUGCAUUGUUCCUUUCAUUGUAACAAAGCCUGUAAUGCUUUAUAUCACCAUGUUGACUAUGUGAAAACAUGCCUACAUUCAACAUGUGUAUGUCACUGUUGGUUUGUAUAAUUUUGUGUUCACAACCUUUCUGCAUUGCCAUUCACUGCAAACAGCUGGCAUUCCUUCCCUUUCUUUUUUUCUUUUUUGGUAUCAGCUUGAGCAGUGAAGCUAGAGCUGCAUUGCUAUGGCAAAUGUAAAGCAAUUAAACCAGCAGCAGUUGAGUUGCCAUGUCUACUGCUCCCUGGCUGAUCACAGUGCCAGAUAGCAACAUAUGUGCCUUGAGGUCAGUCUUUUUCUGUUAUUCCAGAACAAUUUGUCCUCUGGUAAAGCACUUAAGGUGGCCGUCAUGGCACCUUGUUAAAAAAUUAAUUCCAGGUGUUUUUUUAUCGGAGCCAAUAAAUUUCAAUUGCCAUACUUGUAGACUUCAGUUGUAACAAACAGAAAAAGGUUUGAUGUAAAAGCUACUUCUGUUAAUUGUUGGUUCAACAUUUUAAUGCUUUAGGCUGCAGGAAUGUUGCUUUGUGGCCAAAUCUGCCUCUGAGUGAGCAAGUUAGUGCAGAGUGGUAUACAGGAGACAUAUCUUUCUCUACUCUUACAGCAGCAUCCAAAGUGCUUUGCACAUGGGGCAGAAUUUGUAUAGUGUGCAUUGUUUGCACACAUGUUGUACCCAGGGAUCACAUAUACAUGCUUGUAUAAUGGUUCACCUUUGGGAUGGAAUCGAAGCCCAGGCCUUGUGUAUUCCCUUGAGUUUGCUGUUUACACAGCACUUGUCUCCUUGGCAUCAAAAAGCAUUCAUUUAACAGGUGCUUAUGCCUGAAGGUGAGAGACCUUUGUGAAUGAUAGCAAGGCACUUGGCUGAUAAUUAUCAUCAUAUCACAUUUCACCACUCGUCUACUGUAACAUUUUGAUACAUUAUCAUAAAAGUGGCUGUUAAUAUUUGCUCUCCCUCUCAUGUGAGCUUUUGACUUUCUCAAAUGUGGACAAGUCUGCAGAACAUUUAAGUACACACAUACAAACAUACCACUCUCAGUGUCUGUUCCUAAAUAUGCAGCAGUCCAGGUAAAUGCAGCAGCCUGAGUAAAAUCGUGACCUAUUGAUGGACGAGCGCCCACUUCUGGCUAGCUCUCAAAUGUUGCGUCACAUGUAUUUAUAAUUGUUGUACACCCCUCGUGAACAGUAGAUUUUAGAGUAUACUACACACUGUUAAACAGUUGCUUAGAACCGCUCGGGUUUGCAGGUAACUGAAGGUGCCAUUGACGCUAGACACUUCUUUUUUCAAAGAAAUUUAAAUCUAGUUAGCAAGUUGUGCUCACUUUUGGUUGUGUACCACUGUGGUCCUCAUUGUUAACUUCCAAGUUCUCAGCUUGUCAGUGGCCAAGACAUAGUAGCCCAUAGCUUGCCUACUUCUUUUAUUUGAAGUGUACGUGUCCUCACAUUGAUGUAUCAUUCAAAAUGCAUUUUUUCUUUUUUCAUUUACCUGUAGUGUGGUUGAUCACACAUUUGUUUUGUAGUAGUGCUGCACAUGGAAAUAAAACUAAGAACUGGU